CCAAGAUGGCUGAGUGAGGAAAACCGUCAAUCCGAGCCGAACCGAGAGGAUGGAAGAGCGGAUGAAGUGCAGCAUAAUUCCGCUCUGUUCUCACACCGAGAGCCGCUGCUGAUGAGCGGGACGAUUACGGUGUAAGGGAGAGAGCUGCUGGAUCUCUGUGUGGAGGAGCUCGGCGGAGAGGGAGCGGUGAAGUGAGAGUGACCGAGCUGUAAAUGGCCGAACACACAACACUGGCCUUUGUCACCGUGUCGGCCUGCACCGCCGCGCUCUCUCCACCGGCUGAGCCCAGGAAACGGCGCCUGGAGCCGGACACCGAGCCCAGCCUGAGCCGGGAGGCUGGAGCCGGAGCUUUGGAGCAGGGCAAAACUGUGAGGCUGAAGCUGAGACUCUCUGAACCUUCGGAUCUACGCUCACCUGAGUUCAGCUACACCGAGCUCAUCCAGGGUUCAGUGUGCAAGAAGAAACGUCAGGACCGGGUUCAGGAUCUGAUCGAUAUCGGUUUUGGAUACGAUGAGAGCGACUCAUUUAUUGAUAACUCUGAAGCUUAUGACGAGCUGGUCCCUUCGUCUCUCUCCACUAAGCUGGGCGGCUUCUACAUCAACACGGGCACCUUGCAGUUUCGGAAUACUUCAGAGUCAGAGAGCAGUGACACUGAGAGAAGCAGGCAGAACAGGGAGGACGAUUCUGAGCUGAAGAAGGAGGAUAGGAAUGACCAAGCUGAAAUCGAUGAGAAGAAUAUGAAGAAUAAUCAGCUCGCCACACCAGGUGCGUGGUGUCCGGAGAAGAAGAAGAGAAAGAUGUGGAAUGACUCGAUAAACUUAGCGGCCCUGCUGCAGAGUAUUGCUGUUAGAAAGGAUACUCCACCUUUACCUGAAGGUCUGCCAGCCCCCCUGGUGAAACGCAUCAAAGAUCUGCGUGAGGCAUCGAGCCAGUUUGAUAUAGAAGGGAGGAAGAAGUUCUUCACUAUGGAUAUGAAUAACAUCUUACUGGAUAUAGAGCUGCAGGUACGAGAACAACCUUUCUCUAUUCAAUCUGCUGUCUACUCUCAUCUCGAGGCCUUCGUCCCCUGUAACAAAGAGGCUUUACUCAAACGCCUCAAAAAACUCAGCCUCAACAUCCAGGACUAUUGUCUGCGUACUCCUCUGCUGAUGCUGAAGUUAGCUGUGUGCAGCGUGAUGCCUGAACAAACAGCCAGAUACAACAUGGACUGCAUGGCUAAAGUAACAGCUAAGCAGCAGUUGGAGGAUGGAGAGCAGAACGGAUCAGAAGAUGAAGAUGAAGAAAAGCCCGGGAGGAGACCGGUGGGACCACGCAAGAAAUUCAUCUGGGAUGAUAAACUCAGAGCCCUGUUAUGUAACCUGGUGCAGGUGAAGUUGAAGUGUUAUGAGCAGGAGAAGAGCUCCCUCUCUGUAGAGGACUACCUCAAAAAUUUUUUGGAGACAGAGGUUAAACCACUUUGGCCCAAAGGCUGGAUGCAGGCCAGGAUGCUGUUUAAGGAAAGUCGUACGGCACACGGUCACCUCACCGACCUAGGGAAGAAGAAAAUCAUUUUAACCCCCAGACUGACAAGAAUUAAGGAGGUGGGAUCGACCCAGGAAACUGCAUUAAGCUCCACCUCUUUCUCUAUACACUCGACUUCUGAGAUGUUCUGUUCGUCUGAUUCACUGGACGAGGAUCUGGCCACCAACUCCCUGGACUCCAUCGCUCAGGCCAUGUCUCUGCUGCAGAAUUCUGUGAACGGUGUAAAGCCAAACUCCACCCCCAGCAUGUCCUGCUCCUUACCUGCAGUCACAAAGCCCCUCCCACACACGACGAGCCCCGCCCAGUCGGUACCCUCAGCGUCUAGCGUAUUGAAAGAUGCCACAUCGCUGCAAAGACAAGCACCAACUGCAGCUAACAGAUCUGCUAUUAGUAGUUUGAACACCACACCUGCUGCUAAGUCCCGCCCACCACAGACAACCACACCCCUGCAGAGGCCGAUCAGUGCGAUUAACAUUAAGGCUGGGGGAACUCCGCCCCCUCCUGAAAAGCUCAAGAACUUGAUUAACAAAUCAUGUGACAGUACUGGGCAGCAGUGUUUAAACUCUAACCUCAGCCAGUUAAACCCCAAAAAUCCCCAGAGUGUGACCACGCCCCUUCAAAACAAAGCCUCGUUUGGAAGCCACCAGCAGGGUUAUAUAACACCCAUGCAAGCUACGCUAACUAAGUCUUCCCAAAGCAGCAGUGCUUCAGUUGUCAAACUGACACACCGCCCACCUGCUCAAACCACACCCCCUGGUUCCACCCGCCACCUCUUUGUUUCUUCUUCCUCCUCCUCCGGCCCCACCCACUACCCUCCUAUGGCUACACCCUCUUUUGGCUCCAACAAUCAUCUUCCUGCAAAGUCUCCACCACUGGUUAGCCCUACCUACCGUUCCCCGGGUCCAGCCUCGCCGUCUUCUGCCACUGGGCAUCGCCCUUUUGUUUUAACACCACCAACUUCUAGCUCAAAUCGCCCUCCUGCAGCCAAGCCAAGCUCCACCCAUUGUCUUUCAGUUUUGACAACAACCUCCCCUGUUACCCUCCGCCCACCUGCACCAGCUCCCACAAGCACCACCCACUGCCUUUCUGUUUCGACCCAGGCGUCACCUAGCACCAAUCCCACCUCUGUUCUGACUUCAGGCUCCACCCACCGCCCUUCUCUUCCCACUCUGCCCUCUGGCCUUGCCCACCUCUCCCCCAUUGGCAGGCCUUCCUCUGUUCCCACUUCUACACCUGCCUCUACCCCUGGUCUCACUCAUCCCCACCCACAAGGAUUUAAGCUACCUUUUAGUCCAGCCUCAAAAGCAGCAACCCACAGUUCUAGUCUGCAGGACAGUAAUCUCACCCUCUCACCCAGCAUGUCCAAUCAAGGGCAGAGACAGAGGCCGGUGGAAGGUGCCAGUCAAAGCAACAAGACCCCCACCAAUCAUGCAUCAGCCGUAAGACUGCCUACUCCAACUGACUCUGCACUUUUGAGCCAGGUGUCAUCUCUACCGAUGGGUUUGGGGGUGUUUGGUGGCCUGGUGCCCGUCUCACUGCCCUUCCAGUUUCCUCUGCUUAACUUCACAUCCCUGGGAAGAGCCUCACACCCACCCAACUCAGGAUACACCCUCACCCAGAACCUGUUCAAGAGUUUGCAGUCAGGUGUUCAGGCUGCUCUUCCUCCUCAUCUGCAGCUUGCUUUCUCAGAUUUGAACCAAAGCCAGGGCGGAGACACGAAGAGGAAAUGAGAUGAUGAAAGAAAGUGUUACAGAGCUGUUAUUAAAUAUAAAAAACAUUAUUAGAUGAUUAGAAGUAUAAAGAGGAACUGAGUUGCUUCUUUUUGCGUGGAGCGUUUGGACCUAAUCGAUAUAAAUGAGCCGUUCCUCUAAUUACCUACUUUUAUUUUAACCCCUUCAGACCUGGAGCCAAAUGUGUUACUGAAAUGAAUGAGUACACGUGAAUUUUUACAUACAGGCAUCAUACUUUAACAACAUGUUUGAAGAAUCUAAACCUCAGUACUACCUUCACCUUGUUUCACUCUAAAUUGUACCAUGUGACACUCAGCAGAAUAUUCCGCUACCACACCAACGCCGAGAUUCUGAACUCCCCGGUUCUGCUCCUCGGUCGGCUGGGUGCCAUCUGGUGGGCACAAGUGGCAGUGCCUGCAGCAGAUACUAACUGGCCACCGUAUCUACAGGGUGGGGGGCCGGACUAUGUGUGGGGUGGGAUCUUCAUACGCUGUAUAAGGACCGUGAUCGGCAGAAGAGUGUAGAAUAUUUACCAUGGCAAAAAGUGUAGCAUUCAUAACAAUGCAAGGUGAAUAAGGAGUGGAAUUAUGAAGAGUGCAGAAACCUGUGCAGAGUGCAGGGGCGAGAAGAGGAGGGCUGUGCACGUGUCGGAAGAGGCGUGUACAGUGACGUGCUCGCCUCAGAUGCAAUUGGGUAUCCGUCAGCAGCAGAAGACAAAUUGAGUGUGCUUAAUCGAGAGGGAAAAAAAACCUUCACAUUUUUACACCCAUCAUGGCUUUUAAAUAACAAAAAAUAUUUAUUUAUAAAUAAAAACACUCAUCAGCAGUGAUAUUUAGAGAAUAAAAGGUUGCGUAUGCGUACAAUACCCAGAACACCAAACCCACAGUAAAAUACGAUGGUGGAAGCAUCAUGAUAAUAGAGCUGCUUCUCUGCAAACACUACUUGAGCCUUACAUGUCAUGGAAAGAAACAUGAAUGGAGUAAAAGUAUUGGGACACGUUAGAGGAGAAUUAAAUCUGACUGACCAUGAAACUAAAUCUGGAUGAUGAGUCCAAACAUAAAGAUACGAAAACUAAAAACUGUUUUUUACACAAACGAUGCUGCACUAUCCAGCUGAUCUUCUGACCUGAUUCCUAUUAACAAAUGUAUGCAGACAUUUAUGUAACUGUGAGUCCAUUAGAGGGAACCUCAUAACCUUACAGAAUUUGCCCAGGAGAAUGAAUUAAAAUGUACAUCAACUGCUUUAUCCUGGUCAGGGUCACGAUGGGCUCGGUUGCUCAGGGAAAUAGAAGACACGAAUACCCUGGAGAGGGUGCCGUUCCAUUUUAGAAUUUUAACCAAGCACCUCUCAGAUUGGGUAGUUGAAGCUGGAGGGCCACUCAGCGCAGUUACAUUCUGGAAAAUGUAGUCCAUAAUACAAUGUAAUGUCCACUAAAACAACUGUCUUCCUUCUCCUGUCAUUUUAAAAUAAAUGACUCUGGAGUUGUAGAGUGUUCCCCUAAAAGUUUAUAAUUCCACUUCACAUUCAUCUUGCUGGGUUCAGAAUGCUACACUUGUUCCAUGGUAAAUAUCAACAGGUUACUAAAUUAACAGUAAUAAUUCUCCUGGUCUGAGGGGGGUAAUGGAUAAAGUGAGGUGAGGUGAGGUGAGGAGCGAGCAGGUUCCAUCAUGGUCAUUUUGUCGCUAUGUUUACAGAAGAAGACCUGAAUCACUGUGGGAGGGAAGAGGUGAAGAGAACUAAUUUUUUUUAAUUUAGUUGCAGCUGGUGGUCAUGCAGUUCAGUAGGUUUUAGAUUGGACUGGAUUUCAUCUCCAGACUGUUAAAUCUGUCGCUGUUUCACGUUAACAUGGUGCAUAUAUUUAUUCUUUUAUUGUUAUUUUUUUGAGUUGAUUGUUGGCAGAAAGUUGUAUAUAUAUAAUCUAGAGAACUAUAAUCCAGAAUAUUUACAGGUUAGGAUGGAUAUGGUGUGUAAGAGUGUCCUGUUGCUCAGUCGCUCAGUGUUUUGGUGCUGUAUAUCACACUGGACCUGCUUAUCAAACUUGAAUUUAAUUUGUGUGUGUGCGGGAUUGUAGCUACUCAAAAAUUAAUAUUUAAAGUCAAAAUCUGAUUUUUCAAUAUAUUGUGAGUGUUGAGAAGGUUUCCUAUAUGACAACAUAAUGUUUGCUCCGUUCAGAAGAUACUAGAAAAGUGGAUUAUAUUAUAGGGUAGCUGUAUUAUUGGGUAACUUCCAAUUUGUCCUCCGCAACCUAUCCCAACAGAUGAGACAAACUCCCUAUUUUCUCUUGUUGAUCUACAAAUGCUACCUUACAAGGAUCUAUGGUUGUGUCCAAAUCCACAUAAUUCAGUGAUAAACAAUACAUGACAAAUUA